UCUGUAUUUUCUCUUCUCUCUUUUUUCUUUUUUCUUAAGAUAGUCCUACACUUGUGAUCAUUCCUGAUCCCCAUAAAUUUGGCAGCCUGAAACCUUGCUGGUAAUGGCUGGAGGAGUCCAGACAACGAAUUGAAUAUGGGAAACAGCAUCCAAACUACUCUGUCGUCACCAUAACAUCUGCCAGGUGGAGAAGGCAUUUCAGGCAGAUCAGGAAAGCACUCUGAGGUUUCAAGUUCAUUCACAGAAAUACAAGAUAAACUUCAAAGACAUGGUCCAGAGAAAUCAGUGCACGCAGGCGACAAGGCAAAUCUGCCAGUGGCCAGACAAUGCCUCCAGUGGGGAUGGAGACAGCAGGAGGAAAGGUCAGAGAGAGGGAGAUCCAGGUCGGUCUGCCCUGAUUGCCAGUCCCCCAGCAGGGCUAUUUUCUUCAGAUAAGAAGGAGCAGAUGAAAAAGAAAAGCCCAGGGCAAGAGGUAGACCAGCAGCUCCUGUUCCACGGCACGAGCGCGUCCCACCUGGCUGCCAUCUGCGAGCAGAACUUCGACUGGCGGGUGUGCGGGGCUCACGGGACGCUGUAUGGAAGAGGAAGCUACUUUGCCAGAGACGCCAGUUAUUCUCACGAGUACUGCCCAUCCCGCACUGGUCACCAGAGCAUGUUUGUAGCUCGAGUUCUUGUUGGAGACUUUGUUGAGGGCAAUUCAGAGUACCUUCGCCCUCCACCCAGAGCUGGGAAUGCAAACAGGCUCUACGACAGCUGUGUGGAUGACCCGGAGGAUCCUUCCAUCUUUGUCAUCUUUGAGAAGCAUCAGGUUUACCCUGCCUAUAUCUUGGAGUACACAUUUUCAUCCCAAUGAGGAUGAUGUCAGAGGUAACAGUAUCUCAUCUGAAAAUGACACUUGAACCUUAGAUUUUUUUGUUGCGUAUGAGUAUCUUGCUUCUGACUUCCAGUUAUACUUCUAUUCUGUUUCAAUUGCAAGAAUGAAAAUACAAGUAAUGUAAAUUAUGAAAUGGCUGGCUUCUUUAUGAGUGUUGUUUUCCUCCUAAAUAGACUAGUGGCAGUUAAAUUGUAAUAAAUAAUGUA